AUGCAGAGGCAGGCCGGCAGUAGAGCACCGGGACGUCAGUGGAUGCCCGGACCGGCCGCGUGGCCAUCGCCCGGCCACUGGACGCAACCGGGCGCUGGUAUUAACCAAUGGCAGCAACCGGUGCACCACACGAUUGGUGUGAGACCGACACCGCCUGGUGGUUGGCCCGUACCUCCCAGUAGACCAGUUCCCUACCCGCCCGGACAUAAUCCCGGACAUCCCGUAACCGCACCGCCAGUUAAACCCGUACAACAACCACCACAACCGGCACCCGCCCCACAGCCUCAACCACCACCGCCUGUGGCACAGCCACCACCACCACCCACUCCCUCACCAACUUUCCCGCCACCGCCAGCACAGCCGCAACCACCGCAACCUCAACCGCCGGCGCCCCAACUACCACAGCCACAGCCUCAACCCCAACCCCAACCCCGACCUCCGCCACCUCCGCCUCAAUCACCGGCAGCACAACCGGCCGGUCGGUGGCAACACUUCUGCGGCGGUUCUGUCAUCAGCGAGAACUGGAUCUUAACGGCAGCUCAUUGUGUGGAAAAUAUGAAAUACACGUACACUCCGGGCUCUGUGCGUAUUGUGUUGGGGACAGUGGACUGGCGCAACACCAACACCGGUAGCCCACAGAUGAUCACCAUUUCCCGUAUUGUCGUACACGACGGCUGGAACCGGAAUACCGGUCAGAACGACAUCGCGCUGCUACAGACGAGUUCGCCCAUACAGUUCCAGACGGCACCCGACGGCACCAUUUUGGCCAACAAAGUGUGUCUGUCCAACAAUGCCAACACUGAGUAUACGGGGAACGCCAUCUCCUCGGGCUGGGGUUACCUCAAUAAGAACUCUCGGGUAUCGCCCGACCUCUUGAGGAAAGUGGAGAUCCCGGUCGUUGACCACAACACCUGUCGAAACGCAUUCAGUCGUGUCAUAGGAGUCACACAGAAUCAAGUCUGUGCCGGACAGGCGCCUAAAGGCAAUUGCAUGUCAUAG